AUGGCUUUAAUUUAUUUUUUGAAGGUCAAGGACUGUCUGGAAGCUGAGGCCUCUGUUACCACCAGUACUGGAACAGAGACCAAGUUCUGCAAGGACCUUAAAAGUCGUGACACCAAAGAGAGUUUCAGCAGCAUGUUUAAUGACAGGUUUACUGAGGUGGUGGGGGGACAGACGGAUGGAGCAACUGACCUGCUCUUCUCCAGGACGGGUGGAACCUCCAAGGGCUUCACUGAUUGGGCAAAAACCCUGAAAACUGUUCCAGACAUCAUCAAUUACUCCCUCCACCCCCUCCAUCUACUGGUGAAACACGCCAGUAAGAGGAGAGGGUUGAAGAGAGCAAUAGAGAAUUACAUCCUGGGACACGCCCUGGUCAAGCACUGCUCUGGGAAGUGUAAGGGUGGCUCCAACCCCAGUGCCCAUGACUCCUGCCAGUGUGUGUGUCAGGCCAGCAAGGAGAUGACCAGACAGUGCUGCCCGCAGGAGAAAGGCCUGGCCCGACUAACGGUCACCAUAAAGUAUGCCACGGACCUUUAUGGGGACAAUGAGUCACAGACUAAUGGCUUUGUCAAGGCAUCUACACCUCCCGUAACACCCUGA